CACGGCCGCUGCUCGCUGGCUUGCUCGUGCGCUCUCCGCGCCACAGGCACCUGCUCGCCGGGCGCUCUGCGCUCACUUCUCGCUCGCACACUGCAGACUCCCGGCGUCGCCUCCGUCACCCGGCCUCGUCCCCAGCCCAGCACAGCGCUCCGCCCUUCUCCCCGGCCCCUGGCGCCCACCCACCAGCCAUGGCCUGGGCCUGGGACAAAGAGCGGUGCAGCUCUUUGCCCAAACUGGGGUCUGCGCGCCGCGGCUGAGCGCCCACUCGCCUUGCGGAAAGAGCCGCGGAGGGACUAGCGGGGGCGGCGGCGGGAGAGCUCGGCGGGAGCCAGAGGAGGUGGCAGUCGGGAGCCAAACCAUAAGGAGACUGGGAAGCAGAAGCUCGCAGCUCUGAGGCGCGCACUCCCUUAGCAAGGGAUGGGUCCCGGGGCGGCCCAGCCUCUGUCCGGCCCGCCGGGCAGAGACUGAAUUGCGGUUCCCCAUCGUCCUGUGGACAGCGGGAUAGAAGGAGGCACGGACAGAUCACCAGUAGCCUCCCGGCGGGACCUCGCGUCCUGAGCCCCCCGCGCAGCGCCCCCCGCCGGAGCCGCGCCGGGCAAGCCGGCGAGGGAGCUGGGCUGAUUGGCGGCCGCCGGCGGCCGGGGGAGGGGGCGCCGCGCGGGGCCAUGGCAGGCUCGGAGGCGUCCUAGCCCGAGCUGGAGCCGGAUCCGAGCCCACGCUGCCACCACCGCCGCCUCUCCGCGCCCGGGCCCCCGCCGCCGCCGCGCCCCCCGCGGGAGAUGGAACAGCGGAACCGGCUCGGCGCCCUCGGAUACCUGCCGCCGCUGCUGCUGCACGCCCUGCUGCUCUUCGUGGCCGACGCUACAUUUACCGAAGUCCCCAAAGAUGUGACAGUACGGGAGGGAGACGACAUCGAAAUGCCCUGCGCGUUCCGGGCUAGCGGAGCCACCUCGUAUUCGCUGGAGAUUCAGUGGUGGUACCUCAAGGAGCCGCCCCGGGAGCUGCUGCACGAGCUGGCGCUCAGCGUGCCCGGCGCCCGGAGCAAGGUAACAAAUAAGGAUGCAACUAAAAUCAGCACCGUGCGCGUCCAGGGCAAUGACAUCUCGCACAGGCUGCGGUUGUCGGCCGUGCGGCGGCAGGACGAGGGCGUGUACGAAUGCCGCGUGUCCGACUACAGCGACGACGACACGCAGGAGCACAAGGCCCAGGCGCUGCUGCGCGUGCUCUCGCGCUUCGCGCCGCCCAACAUGCAGGCCGCCGAGGCCGUGUCCCACAUUCAGAGCAGCGGUCCGCGUCGCCACGGCCCCGCCAGCGCUGCCAACUCCAACAACUUGGGUGCCACCGGCGCCGCAGGCCAAGCCACCUCCAACCCUGGCCACGGCGACAAAAGCCCGCCUCCGGGGAGUCCUCCUGCUGCCCCAGGUCCCGGAGUCCCAGAGGCGGCCGCUGCCUCCGCGGCCCACGCAGCCGCCACCACUGUCGCGGCUGCGGCCGCUGCUUCGUCAGCGUCACCGCCACUGGGCCAGGCGGUCCUUCUGCGCCAGAGGCACGGCUCAGGCACUGGCCAUAGCUCCGCCACAGACCCGCUCUUGUCCCUGCUCCUGCUGGCUCUGCAUAAGCUCCUUCGCCUGCUGGUGGGGCACUGACACACACAGCCAUCCCCCCCGCACCUCAGCCCGCCCACACGGCCUGCCCAGACCCGGCGUGAGGCUCGCGUCACCAGAUGGACACAGAGAGACUGAGAAGCAUGACCAAGUCCAUGUGGAAAAUAAAUCAUAUUUUGGGGGAAGUUACACAAAUGUAGAACACCUAAAAUAAUGCAUCUAGUUUCCAAAUAAGAUGGAAUUUGGACCAUGCGGUAUGCAUGGGAUCAGUGAGUUCUCUACUUCAAUGUAUUUUUCUUUUCUAAACUUUUCCUCCAAGUGUUCAUUUUGCACGAACUGUUGAGCAGUUAUCUUUAGGAUACUAUGUAAAAAUGUUGGGUCAAAGCCUUUCUGACAAAGCAAAAUAUUUUUAGUAGAUUAUUGUGUUUAGGGAUUUUUUUAUUUACUUUUUUUCUUUAGGGGCUUUCCUUUUUUUAUUAAAGUAAAUUAUUUCUUUUGAGACAUUUUGAUUAAAAAAAGAUACAUCUUAUCAUAAUUAAAAUUCACUGUCAAUAAUAUUUAUUUUUAAAUAAAGAUUGGAAACAAGGUCAGACACUUGUUUAUAAACUGUAUUGUAUAUUGCUGAAUAACAGUUGAAUAAAAAACAACUUUGAAAUAACC